GGUAUUUAAGAUGCUGGGGAUCUUAAACACAAGACACACACCGAGAGCUGCAGAAAGAAGUUCACGUGAAGGUCCACUUUGCUCAGAUUCGGCAUCCGCUCUCCUUGCAGAAACUUGAGUCUAACAAUCAAGGAGAAGAGACAGGAAGUGCCCAAACGAAGAUGCCAAGUGCCUCGAGUCUCCAACUCGCAUGGUUCUGCGCCUUGACCGUCUGUUUGGCCAUCUCCCCAGCCUGGCUGCAGAAACCCCCCAAGAGGAAGGUGGUCAACGGGAACCCCAAAGCCGCCGCCUGUUGCGAGGAGCUGAAGGAGAUGAAGGUCCAGGUGGCCAACCUCUCGGCAUGGAUCGAGGAGAUGAGCAAGAAGCAGGAUGCCGAGCUGGGCAGUGCCCUCGUGCAGGUCAUCGAGCUGGAAGGCAGCCUCAAGCGCAUGGACCUGCGCCUCAAUGACGUGGAAGGGAAGUACUCCGAGAUGAACAACCAGCUGGGCAUCGUCCAGCUCCAGGCGGCACAGACUGUCACCCAAACGUCCGCAGAUGCUGUGUACGACUGCUCAUCCCUUUACCAGAGGAAUUACAGAACCUCAGGGGUAUACAGACUCCUUCCAGAUGAAUUCCUGGGGACCCCAGAACUACAGGUCUACUGCGACAUGGAGACGGAGGGCGGAGGAUGGACCAUCAUCCAGAGGCGUAAAGUGGGCCUGAUCUCCUUCAGCCGAGACUGGAAGCAGUACAAGCAAGGCUUUGGCAGCAUCCAGGGUGACUUCUGGCUAGGAAACGAGCACAUCCACCGGCUCACCAUGCGCCCAACCAUGCUGAGAGUGGAACUGGAGGACUGGAAUGGCAACACCCGUUACGCCCAGUACAGCCAGUUUGUGAUGAGCAAUGAGCUGAACAGCUACCGCCUGUUCCUGGCCAAUUUCAGUGGCAAUGUGCCCCAUGACUCCAUGCGGUACCACAACAACACAGCCUUCAGCACCAAGGACAAGGACAACGACAAGUGUGUGGAUCACUGCGCACAAUUACGCAAGGGAGGCUACUGGUACAACUGCUGUACAGACUCCAACCUGAACGGCGUUUACUACCGCAACGGCGAACACAACAAGAGCACAGACGGCAUCACUUGGUACGGCUGGUACGGCAAAACCUACUCCCUGAAGAGGGUCGAGAUGAAGAUCCGGCCCACAGACUUCAAAGCCCAGGGCGACACCAACAAAGUUGAGUAAGGAGGCAACGAGGAGACCUCUUCGUGAGGGGACUGAUGGCGGAAGGGGAUGGGCAGGCAAACGCACUCUUACUUAGUAGCAAAACCACAACGGCGGAUGCAAAAAGGAUGGAUGGACGCAAGGUAUGGCACCCACAUACAUAACUAAUGACACAGGCCUCACACCUUUCUCAACGCUCAAGCAAAACCAUCUAUACCAGGGGUUUCCAACCUUUUUUUAACCAGGGACCACUUUGACCAGGGACCACUCUCCAACAUUAGUACCAAAAGGGUCAGCUUUGGGCCAACUUCAGAUUCAGUUUGGUUAUUUGGGGUGAUGAUUCAGAAAAUUCUAUUGGAUAGACAGCAUCAGCUGAUUCAGAAAAUUGCACUGGAUAGACAACAUCAGCUGAUUCAGAAAAUUGCAUUAGAUAGACAACAUCAGCUGAUUCAGAAAAUUUCAUUGGGUAGACCACAUCAGCUGAUUCAGAAAAUUGCAUUGGACAGACCACAUCAGCUGAAUCGGAAAAUUGCAUUGGAUAGACUACAUCAGCUGAUUCGGAAAAUUCCACUGGAUAGACCACAUCAGCUGAUUCAGAAAAUUCCACUGGAUAGAUCACAUCAGCUGAUUCAGAAAAUUGCAUUGAAUAGACCACAUCAGCUCUAGUGUUUGGUGUAAGUGAAACGACAUCCAGAAUAACACAUGACAAAGACUGCUAUACACCACAAUGCAUUUUGUGUCUAGAUGAAGUCACUGCGGACUCCUCUCGCAGCCCAAUUCCCCGCUUAACUGUGUUGCCAGAGUGGGUCCAUAGUUAAUAUAUCUAUUUUUAUUCACUUUUUAAAAAAUUGCAAGAGAGAGUUAGCUUAAUUUAAAGUUGCUGUCUUGUCGCCGGAGAUGCCAGUUGUAUAUAUGUUGACUAGACAAAAAGUGGGAUAUUUCGCCAGGAGGGUCUUCUUUGUUACGGAAGCCUUUUGUUUGGGAUGUGUGCAUGCUGUAAAUUAAAAGAGCGCUCUGUACAAAUUGUGCCUCGUUUGUGUUGUGAAACCGUUCUCCCGACCCCAUUCUAUAAUAAACUCUUUUGUUUUUAA